AUCUGUGCCAUUUGGCAUGAAAAGUCAAAAAUCAGUGUGUUGGCUCAAUUUAUGUAAAAUUAUAUUUUAGGUCAAUUUAUCGUUACAAUGAGGCUCAAAACUUAACCAAAAGCCAUGAAAUUAGGUAAAAUAUAUUAAAUUAAUACCAAAACAAUAAAAUCCGGUGGUCCUUUGUUCGGAAGCGUUUUCGGGCCAUCAUGCAAAAUUUUUUGUUUUAAGUGAAAUUUUGUAUGGAAUUUGUGAAUAUGGAAGAGAGAGAAGCAGGAGACGGGGCCGCGGCGGGAGAAUGCGAUCGGUCUCCGAAAAAAUACAGCUGGGCGGAGGUACGGCAGGCCGUCCACGACUUGAGGAAAGAGCUAUCCUCUUUGUCGACGAUGGUACCGAUGGCCUUCUCCUUUAGAAAACUCGAUAGCGGUAAAAUGAGAAUAUACUUUUUAAGAACGCCUCAGAAUGGAUGGGAAAUAACUUUGCUGUAUACAGAUAUUAUGCCAAGUGAAAAUGCUACCAACUCAAGGUUAGAUUGGAAACCACUGAUUGAGUCGAACAUAGCUCUCGGUGUAUCAUCAGGAAAGUGGUCAAGAGAAGAACAGCUUUUGUGGGAGAGGCAAAGAGUUGCCGCCUGGGGUAUUGCCUCCUAUGAAUUACAUCCUACAUCUGGCAGAGUCCUCUUUCCUUGUGCCUCAUCACUGUUUGUUGCUGAAGAAGGUCCCAAUCAGUCUCCACCUCUAGUCCCUCGAUCUCUUAGCACUGGUUGGGGAGCACCACUAACGCCUGCGAUGUGUCCGUCCAUGCCUUCACUGGUAGCUCAUGCUGCAAGAGGCGAUAUUUGGCUAGCUGGAGACUCGUUAAGAAGACCAGUGCGGCUAACUUAUGCAUGCAAAGGGAGAGAUGAAAGACUUGCUGAUGAUCCCUGCCAGGCUGGUGUACCAUGCUAUGUCACUCAGGAGGAGUUCUCUAGAUACACGGGGAUUUGGUGGCAGCCAAAACGCGAGGCUGAUGUGUUCCGGAUAGUGUAUGAGGAGGUAGACGAGAGUGAUGUAAAGAUAUUCAGUUUCCCAUCCUCGCAGAGUACCAGCGGGGAGGUAGAGGAGUUCAGGUUUCCCAGAGCUGGCACACCGAACGCGCGGUCGACGCUGAAGAUGGUGACGUUCAGACUGCAGCGAGUGACUGCCACCACCGUCCUCGACUACUACCACGAGGGCAGCUCUGACAACAUGGCUGUAUCAGACUCGAACAACGAGUGCCUAGAGGUGACGGACAUCCGGUGGUACGAGAUGAGGCAUCCGCUGGACGAGGCCUUCCGCUGGUUCGAGUACCUCGCCAGGGUCGGCUGGACGCCGUGUGGACAGUACGUGUGGGCGCAGCUGCUGGACCGCAAGCAGCAGAGGCUGGAGCUGGUGCUUAUACCGCUGAGCGAGUUCUCCGCGCCCGCCGGCUACCCCGCCGCGCCCGACCACCUCGCGCCACGGACCGACGACGACUGGCGGCCGAGCGACCAGCAAAUCAUGGUGUUGGUGUCGGAGACGGCGCCGGACGCGUGGAUUAACGUACACGACAUAUUACACUGGCUGCCGAGCAGCUCCGGCGAGGUGUCGUUCAUUUGGGCGUCCGAAGACACUGGCCAUCUUCACCUCUACCUCGUGACCUGCGCGCUCGUCAAGCGGGCUACAACUGUGCCUGAGAUGAUAUUAGAAGACGAAUCGUAUGCCCGAGCGCCGAGCAUCAUCAGCAAAGAGGCCAUCACUACCGGUGGCUGGGAGGUGAUGGGCAGAAAAAUAUGGGUGGACGAGGCGCGUGGGUUAGUUUACUUCGUGGGGCUGCGGGAGACGCCGCUCGAGCGACACCUGUACGCAGCGCCGCUGCGGCCGCCCCGACCGCACGCGCUUACGCUGCUGACGCCGCCGGGACACUCGCACUCGGUGGACAUGGACGAGGACUGCACCCUGGCGGUGAUAACGUCGUCGAACAUCAGCAGCGUGCCCGUGACGCGCGUGUUCCGCGUGCGGCACGCGCUCACUGGCGUCACGUUGCUUGCGCACGGCACACUCAUGGAGCGCUCUUCCUCAGAAGGAUCAGACACAAAGUCCUUCAACGGGUCGUGGGACAGCCGCUCCGGCGACGGUGACGAGGACAGCGACGUGUCUUCUGUAUUAAUCCGAGAGCGAUCGUUGAGCGCGGGCUGGUGUCCGCCGCCACCGCAGAUCCUCUCGACGCGGUUAGCGUGCGGCGCGCGAGCGUACUGCACGCUGUGGCGGUGCGGGCGGCCCGGCGCGCGACCCACCGUGCUCCACGUGUACGGCGGGCCCGAGGUGCAGACAGUGACCAACAGCUACAAGGGCAUCAGACAGCUGCGCAUGCACAUGCUGGCGGCGCGCGGCUUCAACGUGGUGGCAGUGGACUCGCGCGGCUCCAAGCACCGCGGUCGCGCCUGGGAGGCCGCCAUCCGGGGGAAGAUGGGCCAGGUGGAGCUAGACGACCAGGUAGAAGUACUGCAAUGGCUGGCGAAAGAGACGGGUUGUAUAGACAUGGACCGAGUCGCGAUACACGGCUGGAGCUACGGCGGCUACCUGUCGCUGCUGGGACUGGCGACGCGGCCGGACACGUUCAAGGUGUGUGUGGCGGGCGCGCCGGUAACGUGCUGGCGGCUCUACGACACCGCCUAUACCGAGCGGUACAUGGGCUCGCCCGCCGCCGCGCCGCACGCCUACAGCCGCGCCAGCGUUCUCGCGCACGCACCCUUCUUCCCCGAUAAGGAGGGGCGGCUGCUGAUCAUCCACGGCCUGGCGGACGAGAACGUGCACUUCUGCCACACCGCCGCGCUGCUCGCCGAGCUCGUGAGGCUGGGGAAACCGCACCGGGUACAGGUGUACCCGGGCGAGCGGCACUCCCUGCGCGCGAUGCACGCGGCGAAGCACUACGAGGCGACGCUGCUGCACUUCCUGCACGAGAACCUCUAACGUGUAUUAUUUUUAUAAAAGUUAUUGUUUUAGUAAUAAAUGAAAUAAUGCUUUAAAAUUUUUAUUUAA